AUGAACAACCCCGAAUUCCGCCAAACCCUCCACAAUAUCUCCCACAACUUCGAAUCUGCCAAUCAAGCGGCCCAAGAGAACAUCUACACCUUCGCCCAACGUUAUGUUGACCCCUGCCUCGAAAGCGUCAAAUCCUGCAUCUACGCGUGCACUGCGCCUUGUUUCCCCAACAGAGACGAUAAUAUCCGACGAAGGAGGGGCCGGUCGCGUGGCAGAGCUGAAUACAACUUUGACUUCUACAAUGCGUGGGAUGACGACGAGGCGAUUGGUGACAGUUCCUUGGGCUGGAACAACGAUGAGCUGGACAGUUUACUCGCCGGUCAUGGUUCGCGAUCUCUCCAGCCACGAAAACAAAGGCGGAUGAGCUAUGGCUCUAGAGGGCGACGGAAAUCCUCGGGGCUACAGCAAGAUCCGGAUCAGGAUCCCACCAUCAUACCAAGCUCGUCAUACCUGGGGUUUCUCGAGCGCCUCCCAUGGAGAAUUGGCUCCAGGAAAUUACGGUACAAGCCUUCGGCAGCAGACUUGCAGGAAAAUCCAGGCGGUACCCGAGUGCGAGAUGCCGAGGUCCAGCCAUUAAUAGAGGAGGCAGACGAAGACAGUGGUACGUGGCGAAAGAGCCACGGACGUCAGCGAAGCGAUACUGCCGCUUCGAGGUCAACCACUAAUUCCCUAAGCUCGCGAGGCGACCUGAUCAUGAGCGACGAGGACGAGGAUGCGCAGCCGCUCGACGAUGAAUUUGCCGUCAUGCUCAGUCGACGCAAUACUAACCAAGGCUUGGCUGAAGACCAAAGCAGUGGGAAAACAAAGACAUCAGGAGGCAAGCGGCCCGGAGUGUCUCGCAAUUCGACCCGCACCGUUUCCUCGAAAUCGUUAAGAAGUCCCAGUGCCAAAAGUACCCAGAGGUCCGAUUCUCAGAAGAAUCUGGCGACACUGUCUUCUGACGUCGUCGAGGAGCAACCUGAGCCUCCAAGUCUGAUGGAUCUUCGGCGGGAAGAAGAGCAAGUGGCGCAAGAGGAAGAGUUGGAAAUUAGACAAAAACGCGAGGCCGCACAGCGCUUGGCUCUUCACAGGGGGUUGAGUUCGCCUGACGUUAAAAACAUCGCCAAUGCCGAACUCAAACCUGACGACAUGGACGAGACGAGAGGUCAUACGCCUACGAGGCUGGAGGUAUCGGAACGAGAACCAGAUCCUAUAUCAUCUGUUGGGUCAUCAUCAUCUGCAGAUGCACGGGCUCAGGAACAGGGCGAGUCCACGUCGUCAAGUAUAGGUAACCCCAAUGACGGGAAAGAUCCAACUUGA